AUGGCAGCAGUUGAGGUUAAAAGCAACGGAAAUGGGUCAAGCACUUAAACUAAAGGUUGGUAUUGUGUGUGUUGGCCCCCUGCAAAUCUGCUAACCUUUCGCCGUCUUCUGCGUCCACUUGGCUCCUCUCUCUCUCUCUCUCUCUCUCUCAAACUUCUCUCUUUCUUCGAGCUUAGUUAGGAGCUUUAAAAGAUCAAACUUUUGGUAACUUCUAUUAUGAUUUACAACGAAGUUUACACAUUUUUAAUGCAUUUGGAUUAGCGUUCUUUUGCUCCUUCGAGGAGCUCCGAUUUUCUCAAAUUUCCCCUUCCUUCUCAAUUGAUUUUCUAUUGAGUUUCUUCGUUGAUUACUGGGUGGCAAGGAUUUUGAGCUUUUAUUCGAGUUUCAACUGAACUGUUGAUGGUGUUUCUCCAGUACUGUUCUUCAGUUUAGAAAAAUCUGAUCUGGGCUUUUCUGGAUUUUAAGUUUAAUGAUUAGAGAAGCAGAAAAGAACCAUUUUUUUUUUCAAUUUUUUAAGUUUAAAGAGGCUUAAUUUGGAAUUUUUUUUAGGAUCUUUGGGAGUUAUUAAAGAAUAGGUUUGACUGGUACUUUAUAUUUAAUUAUAGAUUUGAUAUUUAUAUAUAAAUCUCACUGAUUACUGAUAAGGACUGCUGUUUUAAAAAAAGAUUAUGUUCUGUAAAUUAUGUAACUGUAAAAGGAGUAUUCUUUAAUCUUUCCUUUCUUUUAUUUCCCUUGUUAGUUAUACUAAUAACUGGGAUUGUCUUAUUGUGGGGUUUUUGUCAAGCUUUUAUGUCUUGAAAACUUGUUUGCUUCUUACAUGUUUUUGGGUUCUUUGAACUUGUGCUAGACUAGUGUUUGGAAGGUACUAAUAAUGGCGAAGUGAUUGAAAUUUGCCAGCCCUUCACCAUGCCUUUAUCUGAGCUAGUAUAUCGUUUGGCUAAAGGAAAGCUUGAUUCUUCUCAGGAGAAGAAUCUCACAUGCUCAACUGAUCUAUCUUCUGGACCUGAGAAUGAUUUUGUUGAGCUAGUAUGGGAAAAUGGUCAAAUUCAGUCCAGUAAGACUAGAAAGAUCCAAUUCUCUGGUAGUUUUCCAUCUCAAACCUCCAAGAUUAGAGAUAAACACGUAGGUAAUGGCAGCAACACUAAAAUGGGAAGAUUUGGGGCCAUGGACUCUGUAGUAGGUGAAGUUCCAAUGUCUGUGCCGUCUGUUGAAAUGGGUUUGAAUCCAGAUGAUGACAUGGUACCUUGGUUGAAUUAUCCUAUUGAAGACCCUCUACAACAUGAUUACUGUGCUGAGUUUUUAACAGAAUUAUCUGGUGUUACUGUAAAUGAAGACUCUCAGACUAAUUAUGCCUCAAUGGAAAAGAGAAAUUGUGGUAAUCAAUCAGUUAGAGACCCCCGUGCUGCUUCUGUACAUAAUUGUUUGAGUUUAGAGCAAGGGCACAUGACAAAGGUUUCUUCAAAAGGGGAUGUUGAUGCUAAUAGACCUAGAACUAGUUCCAGUCAGUUAAAUCCAUCACCAUCACAGCAAUGCCAAACAUCAUUUCCCUAUUUUAGAUCCAUAGUUUCAGCUAAUAAUAGUGAGAAUAUUAACAAUCUGACUCGCCAUGCUGCUUCUGGGGAUUCAAUAGGAGUUCCACCUUCAGGAGGUGGUUUUCCUAGUGUAAAAGUGCAAAAGCAAGUUCCCAUGUCGUCUGCUACUAACUCCAGUUUGAUGAAUUUCUCACAUUUCUCAAGACCUGCUGCUCUUGUUAAAGCUAAUCUUCAUAACAUUGGCACAAGAGCUGGUUCUGGAGUAUCAAGCAUCGAAAGAAUGGCUAGUAAGGAUAAGGGCUCAAUAGCAAGCCAUAGCAAUCCUGCUGAAUCCAUACUCGUUAACCCAUUUAGUGGUUUACGAAAGGAAAUGAGCUCCAAUUGCCAUCCUGUUACGGGGUCAUCCCAGGUUGAUGCUAAACCAUUGGACCCUAAGCCUGCUGAGGAAUCCCUUCCUGCAAAGCAACCUGAGGCUUUGGACCAAGAAGAUUCUAAGAAUGAUAAAAACCAUUGCCAACUCGCUGAAAGUGCAACUCAAGGAUUGGUAGAUGGUGAGAAGACUGCAGAGCCUCUAGUUGCUUCUUCUUCUGUUUGCUCAGGGAAUAGUGUGGAGAGAGUUUCAGAUGAACAAACACAGAAUUUGAAGAGAAAACACCAGGAAACAGAGGAGUCUGAAGGUCCUAGUGAAGAUGUUGAAGAGGAAUCAGUAGGUGCCAAAAAAGCUGCUCCUGCUCGAGCAGGUACCGGUUCCAAGAGAAGCCGAGCAGCAGAAGUGCAUAAUUUGUCUGAAAGGAGGCGACGGGAUAGGAUCAAUGAGAAGAUGCGUGCCCUGCAAGAACUCAUACCAAACUGCAACAAGGUGGACAAAGCUUCUAUGCUUGAUGAGGCCAUUGAGUAUUUAAAGACACUUCAGCUUCAAGUACAGAUUAUGUCAAUGGGAGCUGGUUUGUAUAUGCCAUCAAUGAUGUUGCCCCCAGGAAUGCCUCACAUGCAUGCUGGUCAUAUGCUUCCAUUCUCACCCAUGGGAGCUGGAAUGGGAAUGGGAAUCGGAAUGGGUUUUGGGAUGGGUAUGCCUGAUAUGAUUGGUGGAUCCUCUGGUUGCUCUAUGGUUCAGGUGCCUCCUAUGCAUGGAGCACAUUUUCCUGGCCCACCAAUGUCGGGGCCCAGUGCUUUGCAUGGGAUGGGAGGAUGUAACCUUCCAAUAUUUGGGCUUUCUACUCAAGGAUAUCCUAUGCCAUACCCAUGUGCACCCUUAAUGCCAACGUCUGGAGGACCUCUUUUAAAAACUACCAUGGGACUGAAUGCUGUUGGGGUGGCAGGUCCCAUGGAUAAUUUGGAUUCAGCCCCAGGCUCCAGUUCAAAGGAUUCAAUUCAAAACAUCAACUCACAAGCUAUGCAAAACUGUGGUGCCAAUAGCUCAAUGAAUCAGACAUCUAGUCAGCCUGCUUUGGUGCAAAAUAGUGGUCAAGCCUCAGAAGUUACUGACAGGGGAGCUGUGAAGUCAGCCAAUGGGAAUGACGAUGCACCGAAUGGAGCCACUGCAGGUUGCAACUGACAGGCUCUUUCAAUCCUUGUCAUUGAAGAGGUCAACCCAUCAUGCUUCCUAUAAUGAUCAAGCUCAAGCCUUUCAUGAUGACUCUAGGAACACAUAAGCGUGCAGAAAAGGGUUCCAUGCAACUGAGUGAAGUAGAAUCUUUUCAAUGAUCAUUUGUGCUCUAAAUUCAGCACAGUGCAGUUACAGUUGGCAGAAAGAUUUUGGUACGUUGGGGAGACUUUAUAGCCUUUUCUUGCUUUUGUACAUUCACUUACGUGCCAGAAAUAUGUUUUUUUUAGGUAGAUCUUUUAUUACAAAUUCGUUCAAUUAAUGAAAAGAUAGAUACUUUCCAAUA